AAAAGCAUAGUUUAACUCGUGUGUGAGCAGCCAGUGGGUUGUAUGCAGGCCUUACAGGGGGACGGAUCUCCUGCUGCCUGCCAGUCCCCCCUAGCUGUCCCCAGGGUUUUUACCUUCACAUUGAUACUGCAGGCUAGACAAUGCUCUGGCAGCCUCACUGCCUACAUCUGAGGCUUUUCAAAGCCUAAAUUCUGCAGGGGGAUGGUUGGGGGUGUUGCAGCUGAACCAUCCUCCAAAAAUGCCUCUGUGCUUCACUUGUGGCAUGGGAGGGAGAGCAAUCCACUAUCUUCCAAUGAAGUUCAGUGUGGAUGCUGAAUGGGUAUCUCCUGUGGGGCAGAGGUUCCCCAUCCCUGAUCUAGGUUUAGGUUUGCUUUAUGCUGCAGAGGCUGUUAGUGAAGUUCACAGUAGUGCUGGAAAAGGUUUCUCAGAAUUAUUUUAGCCCUCCAGUACUUUUUCUGUAACUGGCAGCUGUGUAAAUAAUUAGAAGCUUGAUUACAGGAUAUCUUUCUCUUUAGUCACAGAUGUGGCUGAUCAAGAACAUUAUUUAUUGAGGUCUUACUUUUUAGGUAUCUCUCUUAUUCUUACCAAAUCUCCAUCUGAAAUUUUUAGGAACACUUUUUUUCUCUAAGGAAGCAACAGGUUCUGCAUAUGAUGGCAGGAUUUAUUCAACUAAUAUUGCAGACUAGAAGCCACAGACUUCGCAUAGAAUAUUUCCACUGACUCUUGAAAUACAUGGCUUAUUCCUUCUGCUAUUGUCAUUUGCAAAUUUAAAUGUCUGUAAUACAUAUACAAGUUGUAAAAGCCAAUAAUUGGUGAUGGCAUGGAAGGGGGAUGCAGAAAUGAAUCUGCACAUCAUGUAUUGAUUUUAUUGUUAAUUUUUGUGCUUAUGAACUUCAUAGAAUACUAGCGUUGGAAGGGGCCAUGAAGGCCAUUGGGUUCAACCCCCUGCUCUUGCAGGACAACAUUUUACACCAUCCCACUGAGAUGGCUGUCCAGUUUCUGACUUGUUUUAUAUUAUGGUUGAACACAGGUAGACUAUUUUUAUACUUCUAUGCCAACCCAAGGCUCAUAGGCUCUCUGUGUGGUUUACAAAUGUAAAUGACAUAUAAACAACCAGUAAAAAUCAUGUAUAAAUAAAACAAUAAACAGUAAAACCAUUACAACAUGAUCAGCAACCCACAACAACUGUACUAAGACUGAUACAUUGCGAUGUUUGGGGCUUGGCCACCACAUAAACCAGACUCAUGGGCAGUAACAGUUGUUAGUGGGGAUAAGACUGAGAGCUGGAGGAGAAUUAUGAAUUAUAAUUCAUAAUUAUGAUAAUUAAGAAUUAUCAAGUAAAUUAACAUUUGGGGACAGUUUUAAUACACUAUGCUUAGAUUUGUUGAAGAAGAGUGUAAAUGUUCCUGGGUAAAUUUAAUUGAAAUGCAAGUUCCAUUGAUUUAAAGAGGUUUUUCCUAAGUAUGACUCAUGUUGGAUUGAACCCAUUGUUCCUGGUUAUUUAUUUAUUUAAAACUGUUAUAUGCCGUCCCCUAUGCAUGUCCUCUCGAGGCGGCUCACAAUCAUAGGUUUGUAGUUCCUCUAAGAUCUAAAUGUAUGCCUUUCCUUGAUUAUAUGAUUAAUUUUCAUAAAACAAAUAAGUCUACCUGUUGCUCAAACAUGUUUAUGGCACUUGACUUGGUUUUCAUCAUGAGUCUUUCAUCACAUAUACAGUAUUCCAUGUUUUGUAAUUCAGAUUCAUACUCCCAGUACUCUGGGCUUCGGAGUUCUUCUGACUCUGUUCUCACCUACUGAUUUUAGCUGAAUGACUUCAUGAAAGGACUGAAUGAUCCCAUUCAGUUUUACUUUAUAGCUUUUGUUUUCCUUAUAUGAAUACAGGCAAGCGUUAACCUUUAACUGAUUCAGACUGACACUUGACUUCAAUAAUUGAUAACCUCUCUGUGCUACUAUGUACUCUUGCUUCUACAACAUAGUCUCACAACUUACUGUGGUUAAUAGAAGCAUGAAAAUUGGCACAGUAGCAAGGUGUCUACCAAAUACAAAUAUGGUCAUAAUAAUGGGCAGUUAUUAAGUGAGCUACUGUGUAUUCUUGCUUCUAGAUUAGUCUUACAACAGAUUGUGGUUAAUAGGAAUGCAUACCAGUACAGUAGAAAAAUGUCCACAAAACAGAAAUGUGAUGUUAAACAUGGAGUUAUUAAGUGAACAGAAACUUCCUUAUUCUCAGCUUAGUUUUCUUCCUGUUUGCCCUUGUUUCCCUGAAGUCCUCCAUUUCUUGUUCCUCCUUUCUCUCUCUUGCCUUUCCUUAACACCGUAGCAUUUUUUCAGUCUCUACUUCUUCUACCAGCUCUGUUUUCCUUUUAUAGUUCCCUCUCCCCCAUUGAAUUCAUGUCCUGCUUGUGCGCUGCCCAUAGGUACCCAUUUGACUGUGAGAACAGAGUGCUAGAUUAGCUUGAAAGCCUUUGUUCUGAUCUAGAUCUCUGGCUUAUGUUCUUGUGGUCUUCCACUUUUUAACUUCCUUUGGUUCUUGCUAUUGUGCCACACUUCUUAUUCUAUUUGCCUUGCCUGUUGAAUUUCUUUUGUGUUUCGAAGAUAAAAUAGGCUUCUUUUACAUAUUUACAUUUUUAAACUCUUUUCCUAAUGUAUUCCUGGACACAUAAUUAACGUCUGCAGAAUGAACUUUGGACCCCAACAGAUAUGAAAUGGUUAAACUGAAGUUCAGACUGUUUGGUUGCUUUGCAACCUGUUGGUUUAACUAGCUUGCUAGUUAGUUUUAGGAACUGGAAUCAUUCUGAAUGGUUGUAUAAAGUUAUGGACGCAUUUUGCAGUUUGUCUGGUGGUGUUAUAAAGGUACUGAAAUAUCCAGCUGGCAUUCCUGAGGCUUUCUGUUCUGCAUUGUGUGCAUGUUUGUGUGUGCAUGCAUGUUUUGGAGAGGAUUAUAAGCAGCUACUAACUCAGGCUGUUACAUUAGUUCCUCUAAGGUUUCUGAUGAUACUUUUUCUUGCAUAGGGCAACAGGAGUUCAGGAGAAUAUGGACAGAUGGCCCUUGCCUGCAGAGAGUUAUAUGAAUCAUGAUUAUAAAUAGUAUUUACUGUAUAACAACUUGAGAGUCUUUCCAUAAAGGCAGCAUAGAAAUAAGCACAUGCUUAUAUUGAGGAGGAUAUUGUCAGCUGAUGUGAUGUUUUCAGGUGUCAGUGUCCCUAGGACAACGGAAAGUUGCAGAAAAUUGUUGAUCUUCCAGUUCUGAAAACAUAAAAUCCAGCUGUUAAUUCAAAACUGCCUUCCAUCCUAGAUAAGUAGUCUUCAACUCCUUUUACCACCAACCAAGAAACCUGUUCGUUCUUCCUCCCUCCCUCCCUCUUCCCCUUUCCCACAAACUGCUUUUUGUAACAUCUUGCCUGAUAAGAGAUCUAGAGAUCUUUAAAAAAAAAUGCACAUUUUCUUAUCGUAGGCCUAGUAAAAGUAUUUCAUUGUAUGAAUUUUUGAAAAGUUUGCUAUGUUGAUUUUACACACUGCAGAAGUUUCUUAUUCAGAAGUUUCUUUAGUACUCAAAAAUACUUAAACUGACAUGCUGGGUGGGGGAAUCAAAGUAUAUUUAAUACAGUUUUCAUGUUGUAUCAAAAUUAAUUCAGGUAAAUUUUACUUGCAAAUUCUUUAUAGGAAUUUUUGUGCAUUUUUAAAAUGAUUUUUUUUUGGUCAAUGGCAAUGCCAUUUGCACUCUCCUUACAUUGUUCAUGGGGAGUACUGAAAGCUGUUAACAUGAACAUAAGUCUACUAAAAAUUUGUCCUGGUGAUUUGGUCUGCACAUUGGUUUGGACAUGGGAGUUGUUGUGCAUAAGCUGCUUUAUUGCACAGCCUAUUAUCAGUUCCUUUUUGGGUGUUGCUGUGUGACUUCCAAAUCUGAACCACUGAACUGUUAGAGACUGAACAGAAAUAAACCAUGGGUUAACCACUGCACAAUUUACUGGUGCGGCAGAAAAUAAUGUCAGAACUGAGGAUGAACAAUUAUCUGCAACUUUCUUGAUUCCACUGGUCUAGGGAAAUCCCCAGUGGCCUUCUGAAAAAAAUACAAUCUCAAUUUUGCAAUUGAUUGGUUUACUUUAUCUCGGACACUUAUUAAUGAUAUGUAGCAUGUUAUUAAUAUUAUGUAGCAAUGAUUUUUAAAAUGGAAAUCCUGUAGAGAAAAAUAGCGGCAGAACACUUGCCCUGAGGGGGGACCCCCCACCCAUUUUUAAUAAACUUAAAAAGAAAUGUCUGGAUCAAAAAACUUACUGGAUCAAAAAAAACCUUAAAAGCUCAACAGCUAUACAGUAGCACCAUUUGCCUUAUCUUCUUUAAGACACAGCCCAGCCUAUGCCAUAUCUCAAACUACGCUUGAAUUCUUGGUUUCAAAAUUUGUUGUGUCAUGGGGACAGGGGAUGGUUGGCUGAGGGAUUGAUGAGCUGGUUCAAGAAACACAAGUCCAAAGCUUUCAUGGACACACAGAACCAGUUAUACUGUGAUUACACGACGAUAUGUUCCUGUGUUAAAAAUAGUUAUUUCAAGGAGUGAGAUUUUAUUGACUUUGACACCCAUUUUCAUCAAGAUACUCAUAUCCUUCUGCCGAGUGACUAAAAAUAAAUUACCUCUCAGUAAAUGUGGCCAGCUAAAGUCCACUAUGAUCUAUUCUCUCUGUAGUUUUUGUAACAUCACAGAAGAGUGAGGGCAACAUUACACAAAGGGAGAAAAUUAUUUAAGCACAGUCUUCUCAGACUCUGGCAAGUUCUGAAAACAGAGCAAUUAAUGUACAUCAGCAAGGGCUUCUGGUGUGACCAUGUUAGAUAAAAUUAGACUCCACCUCCCUGUUUUUACUAGUUAUCUGCCAGGACCUUUGUGACUCAAGUGUACUUCACUGUAAUAGCAAAUGUUACAUAAACCGAAACAUGGAGCCUGUUUGGAGUUUGUGGGCAGACUCAAAUUAUGAUGCAAAGCUUUAGUAACAAGUGUGCAGUGAAGCACAAUCAAAUUAUGUGAAUGGGGGAGUGCAACAAGAAGGCUUUCCAGAACAGCCUUUUCCCUUUGCACAGGGCUUGAAAGCUCUGGGUAACUUUUCUGGUGCAAUUUUCAGAGGCAGGAAUUGGCAGGGAGCCCAGAUCUGAAUGGAGUUUGCAGAAGAAAGAAGACACAGCUCCUCCAGCAAGCCACCUUUAACUCCCCCUUCUUCUUCAGUAUUCUCCCUCUUUUCAUCUCUGUCUUCAAAAAACAAAGGUAGCAGUGGAGGUGCGAGCAGCCGCUCAUCCAGUGGUGGGGGAACUAGUGCAUCCUCCUCUUCCAGUUCCAAGUUGUUGAAAUCACCCAAAGACAAGCUGCCAAUCAGUGGAAACAACAGGCCAAUGCAUCUGGUACAUAGCAAAGGUCCCCAUGAUAAAAUCAUGACGCCAUCUGUCAAAGUGGAAAAAAUACAUCCAAAGAUAGAUGGUACAUUAUUGAAACCUGCUGUUGGUCCAACCUGUUCUACUACUGUGAGCUCCUCAAUAAAGAUUGGCCUUAAUCCCUCAAUACCAAAGCCACCCUUGCCUUCCCCUGGACAGAUACUGAAUGGUAAAGGUCUUCUCUCUGUGCCUCCAUAUUUGGACAAAAAGCAAGAAGAGAGUACAAAUAAUAGGAAAUUUUUACACAAAAGAUUGUCAGAGAGAGAAUUUGAUCCUGAUAUCUACUGUGGCGUCAUUGACAUAGAAACCAAGAAACCCUGUACUCGGUCUUUGACGUGCAAGACACAUUCCCUAACUCAACGGAGAGCUGUACAGGGUCGGAGGAAGCGAUUUGAUUUAUUACUAGCUGAGCACAAAAGCAAAACCAGGGAAAAAGAAUUACUCCGCCAUUUGGAUCAUCAUCAGCAGAUGCCCCCUCUCAGGGAACCACAUCCCUCACCUUCAAGAACUUCCCAGGAGCUGCACCAAAAUUCUCAUGGAGUUAUUCCUACAGAAUCAAAGCCUUUAGUACCUAAUAAACCCAAACCUCACACCCCCAGUCUUCCAAGGCCUUCAGGCUGUCCAGCCCAACACAGUGGGAAUGCCCCUAGCGAGUCUCCAUCAGUCCAUGAAUCUCCACUUGGUCCUCUGCCUGCAACUGAGCCAGCAUCUCGGUUAUCCAGUGACGAGGGAGAAUGUGACGAAAAAGAAGAGCCUGUUGAAAAACUGGAUUGUCUUUAUUCAGAUCAUCAUCCUCAACCAGCUGCCUUUUGCACAUUUGGUAGUCGACAAAUUGGAAGAGGUUACUACGUGUUUGAUAAACGAUGGAACCAUAUCCGAUGUGCACUUAAUGUCAUGGUGGACAAGCAUCUUAACUCGCAGAUGUGGAAGAAAAUUCCUCCAGCGACAAGCAACACUGCAUCCGUACGUGCUCCACACCGGACAAACUCCACACCUGUGUCACAGUAUGGCACCAGCACGACAAGUUUUCUUUUACCCACCACGGCUAUGUCCUCACCAGUGCUCGUGUCUCCUUCCUGUCUGUCUCUGAGCAGUAAAUCGGUACCAUCCCAUGGGACUACGCUAAAUGCCAACCCUGCUAGUUUUGGUGCAGCGGAACCUGCCUGCAGUAUGCAAUCAAGACAAGUGUCGACAUCCCCUUCAACACCUCCAGUGCUUUCCUCAGUACCUUCACCUCUGUCUGGCAAACCUCAAAAAUUAAAAUCCAGCAAGUCUUUUAAGCCUAAGGAAUCUUCUGCUAGCAGCACCAACUGUAACAGUACCAGUAGCAACAGCAGUAGCGGCAGCUCAGGAAAGAAGCGUAAAAACAGUUCUGCGCUGCCAGCACCUUCUUCUCAUUCCACAGAGUCCUUUAGGAAAAACUGUGUGGUUAACUGUGGGAACUCUGGGGCUUCGUAUCACUCGCCUAUGACGUCUUCAUCCCACAGUGUUGGCCUCAAUUGUGUGACUAGUAAAGCUAACUCAGUUAGCCUCAAACAUGACCAAUCAGGGAGGGGCCCUCCAGCUGGGAGCCCUGCAGAAUCGAUAAAAAGAAUGAGUGUGAUGGUGAACAGCGGCGAUUCCACUCUCUCGUUGGGGCCGUUUAUUCACCAGUCGAGCGAACUGACAGUAAACUCACACAGCGGGUUUUCACAUUCGCAUCCUUCCCUAGAUAAAUUCAUAGGAAAGAAAAGAAAGUCCUCGCCUGGUUCAAGCAGCAUAAACAGCAGCAGCAGCAAAGCAAACAAGGUUGCCAAAUUGCCGCCGGUGAACAACAUUCACACAAAACAUACCGGUGCAAUCCCUGGGACGCAAGGGCUGAUGAACAAUUCAAUCCUUCAUCAGCCAAAGGCUCGUCCCUAACAGUUGACAACACCAUGAUAGAACUGGAUUAUUUUCACUACAAGCGAAGAUCUCCAUCUGGAAAUUCUGGACUCCAAGAUGCCUUGAGUUCUCCCAGCUUCCCACAGUCCUCAGGUGUGGAAAUCUACUGGACUGUCACACAAUCAAGGAGUUUCCCUCAAGCCAUGUCUGUAGCAGUGACGCUUGGAAAUGGACACUGGAUUGCCGUUCAGCCACAGGAGUGUUCCUAUCAGUGUUACCAGUGGUCUGGACAGCUUGCUACAAAUCCCUGUGAGAUAUUACUUACAGGAGUACUUCCUUUUGCCACUAUUUGUUCUAGAUUGGUUGGGCAGAGCAAUGUUUGGGAAAGAACAUUACUGUGGACUUGUUUUUCUUUUGUUCUGAUGGUGUCAUAGGCAUAACUGACCACCAUGUUGGCACUAUCCAGUGAAAACCCCUCGAGAAGGGGGCACAAUGUGUCAGGCACAAUAAAAAGAUGCCCUCAAGAAGGGAAUAUGGCUUUAGUGUUUUAUAGCAACGUUCCUUGAUUGGAAUGCAAAGAUAGCACAAUUUAGAAAUGAAGUCUACAUUUUGCCCAGCAUUUUGCAAGUAAUUUGGGAUAAGAAGCUGUCAGGAGUUUUAAAAAAGCAGAUUCAAAUGUUUGUGGCCAGCAUGCAAAAAGUAAGAACCCUCUUUAAAUAGUGAAGAUCAUGUGGUACAGAACAAUUUGACAGGCAUUAUCCACCAGGAACAGCUGCUUAAUAUCCUUUGCUCAUUGCAAUGGAGCUUGUGUGGGACUCCUGUACAAGGUCCUUUGAAGUCAAGGGAGGCUGCACAGUGGCAUUGUUUGGAGGAGGGCUAUGCCUGCUUGAUUUUGAAGAAAAUUCUUUGACUUAAAAAAAUAGACACCCUGAAAAACCCAGAUGCAAAACAUCCAUAUUCAAAAUGGUGAAUGACCUCUAAAUCAAUUCCCAAAGAAUAUAUUUCUUGACCUAUACUGUAUGCCAUAAGCCUUUGUUUUUUGGGGGAGGUGGGUGGGUAAAACAGAAAAUGCCAAGCUAAGUUGGUUGUAACAUCUGAUCUUUAGAAACACACACACACACAAACCUUACAGAACUGAACCGCAAAUUCUCAGUACUGUUUUUCUGGAGAGACUUUCUAGUAGGUUGAUACAACCAAAUUUUUCCUACAAAUAAAUUAUCACCCCAUUUUAUAAAGUCCAUAUUCAGUUUUUCUGAUGACUGGAUUCAGUGCCAGUUCAAAUUCUGAGUACAGUGUUAAAUGCAUCCCUUCUGUUGCCAUUUAGUGAGCAAACGGGGAGUAUUUUAAACAUGUCAUCCAAUCCCAGUGGUCCUUUUACUUCCAUGAGGGGAAAAAAUGGAAAGCAAAAUCCUGAGAAGGGCUUAAAUAUCACUAGACUUGGUUGUUUGUAACAGUAGUGAAUCUUGAAACACAGCUUGGAAUUUAUGUGAAGAGACAGUAUAAACCCAAACUGUAGCGCAUUAUCCAUGGGGAGCUUUCCUUGGUGAGUCUACAAAAAUGCACUUCCUCUCCAUGUUAGUGGAGCGUGUGGAUUCGGACAGCCAUUUCCUUUUCAAUGAGAACUCACUGUUCCAAUCAUACAGACUACAUUGGCAGAGGGCAAGAACUAUGUAUGGAUUCGUUUUCAGCAUGCUAGAUUUUCCCAGCUUCUCACAGGGGCAUCUGUAGAAUUCAUUGCAGCUUGGGACUUCAUCAGAUUACCUAGUUCACUUUCAUUCCUACUACUUGACAGCAUAGCUAAAAAGUUACCACUCAUUAGCCUGGUUUGCCUGAUCCAAACAAACUGCAGCUUAUUUAAAUUGCAGCACAUGCAGGGCGUUGUUUUCAUAAUUGCAGCCUGGUCACAGCUUGUCAUGUUGUCAAAACCAGGGCAGCCUAUCUCGUUGGAAAGGGAAACAAUGCUCCUAUAACACAUGGGCUAUUGCAGGGUUGUUUCCUUGUCCAAGAAAGCUGGUCACCCAGGUUCAGAUGACAUAAAGCCCAGCUGGGUAGCGACUAUGAAAUCCGCACCCGCUUCACACCACAAUUUAAAUAAGCCACAGCAGCGUGUUAGGUUCAUGCUGACUGGCCCAUUGAAGAAGAACUCUUUCUGAAUCCACAGGGCCUGUGCAGGAGAAGCUCUCAGUGGAAUGAAUGUGCCUGUAGAUUUUUGCCUUAAAGGGGCACCAUUAGACAAUCUGAGCCUUUCUAGUUCACACAGCCCAGCCUCUCUCUCCCUACUAAGGUGGUGCAUUGCACGUCAGGGAUUCUAAAGCCGCCACAAGCAGCAGCUGCUUGGGGGGCGUUGUUUGUUGGUUUUUACCUGUUAGGUCUUUAAAUCACCAUGAAAUUUGCUACUGAAUUAUCAAAACACAGUGAAGCAACAAGACUAUGCAGACAACUCUAAAGCCUUGAAUUCACAAAAGAUCAUGUGUUGGUUUUAAGCAGGAGGAGAAUACUUUGGAGAGUGAUGAUUAUGCAAAUAUUAAACAUGAGUGCAUGUUGAGGGAAGGGGGAGUUUUAAACAACCCUUCAGUUUAUAGUGGAUACUCUAAAAUGUUAAAAAAAAACCUCUUAAUUGGCUUAUCUGGGAAGCGGGAGGGGACAACCAAAGUAAUGUAUCUGCUCUGCAGAGAGAAAAUCAACACAAGCUCCAUCCUGUGUGUUGGAUAUUUUCAAUCACAAGUGCAAUUUGGUUUUGAUAGAUUUACCUUCGAAGGCUGACAAAUUUUUCAUAAGUUAAACCUUAGUGGCUUUAAGUAUUCAAAAAUGUCUCUUUGUUUUAUAAAGAUUAUGUUGCUCUAAAAGCAUCAAAGCAAGUCCCAGGCUCCUUAAAAACGUGCAGAUCUCUGUGAAAUGUUCAGCGUUUUACCACUGUGCUCAAUUUAAAUGGGUUGCAGCUACAGAUCCAAUUCCCACUGUGAAUGUCUGCAUCACAAGCCAUGCUGAAAGGAAUGGGAGCGUCCCACUAAAACCUUCACGCUUUUGCACAAAUCCCAGGUCAGUGCAUUCAGUGGGGCUUAUGUAAGCGCCAUUCCAGAGUGGAAUUGUGUCCUGUAUCUGACUGUUGCGGCUUAUGAUUUCAAAACUUGCCAUCAGUAGAACCAGAGGACAUCUUAGAUUUAUGCCUGCCCUCAAAGUGUAGACUCAUCUAUUGUACAAACAAUUCCUUUGGGGGGCAGUAAUGAAUGGAGUAAUUGUUUUUGAAGCUUUUAUUGUCCGACAACAUUCUUAUUGUAAAUAAUUAAGGAAAUUUCAAAUUUAAUUUAUCUUGCAAGAUUUGCUGUGACUGGGUUAUUUCUUAGAAAGAUUUUGGUAUUAAUUUAAGAGAUACAAUUUUUUUAUAGUCUUUCCAGCUUCUCAUUAUGACUCCUGCAGUUUUCUUAACCUAAAAAAAAAAUUAAAAUGUUGCAAUGAUGAACAAAGAAUUAUACAAAAAUAAUGAAACCCAUACUUUUGUAUCUUUAUUUUGGAAUUUCUUGUUCUAUUAUAAAUAUUGAAGUAUCCCUAUUUCAGAAGACAUAUUUUGUUAAUUGAUUGUACAUAUUUAAAUAUGUAUUUUUGCACAGGUCUUUUUUUCUUAUAUCCAGUUUUUGGUACAACUGAAAAUCAUCUAGUAUUUAUUAAUUAAAAAGGAAAAAAAGCAAAUACCCUUUUUUAUAAUUUGAAGUGGUUCACUGCCAAGCCAAUAGUUAACAUUGCCUACUUUGCAGCGUUUAAGGGAUGCCUCUGUUUUGGGAGGGGGGGAGCUGCAUCCCUUUUUAAUGUCUCGGGAGUUGCUGGAUACAAACGAAGGGCCUGAUGCCGCUGCUCCGUGCCCGCAGAGGCCACCCUUCUGAGUGGGGGGGGGCUGCGUGGCAUUUGGCUGCAUGUUGCUGGCCUCCUCUGGUAUACAUAGCAUUGCUUACAGUUGCCUGAGUCCCAGAAGACUACAUUUAGUUGUGACACACUGCUUUUUUUUUCUUUUUAGCAUUUGUGUGUAUGUGUGCACACGUGUGUGCCCACACGUGCGCCCAUUUGUGUGUGUCUUUAUAUGGUUUAAAACUAAUGGAAAAACUGAAAGUGCCUGAUUUAUAUACUUAGAUUUUAAGCUUGGACUGUUUUUUAGACAGCUUCUCCUUUAAAGACUUGAAUGUUCUGUUUUAAAAAAAAAUUGGAGCUUGCUUUUCCCACCUACAUAUGACUUUCCAUUAAUGAGGGGGAGAGGAUGCAGGGGAACAAAGCAAAAGAUCAGAGUGAAGCAAGUCCCCAGUUCAUAAAUAAUGCCAAGAGUUCUGGAGAUACUUUUCAGCAAGUAAAUUCAAAUAACUUCUAAAUGUUAAAUACAGAAUGAUGACAUUAUUUUGUAUUAUGGGAAAAAGUAAGUUACCUCUCAAAGCAAUUUUACAAACUACUGACACAAGCCACCAACAACAUCUGCACACAAACCUCAUUGAUGUGAGUGGGAGUUUUGCAAAGGCACAACUCCCUUUUCAUGCCAAUAAGGAUUGGGCAGGAAAGAUGCUUGUGCUUGUAGUGUCACUUCAUCUUCUGGUAAGUUGUCUUCCGGCAAGAGUUGUUAUUGCCAAGGAUUCUUUUAGUUCUGUCUUUUUGGGAAUGGGAAAUUGUACGGUGAAGGGGUUGGACUUGAAAAGAUGGUUCUGCUUCAGCAGAAAACCAGUUAUUUUAAAUGCUGUGUGCAAAAUAUCCUACUUUUUAUGAAAGGUGAUUAUUAUUAUUAUUAUUUUUAAUGAGCACUACAUAAUGUCAAUGAGAAUGUAGGCCAUGGAAGCUUCUUGCUUUUGGAGUUGAGCCUGGCUCCACAGAGGGGGAGGGGGAGGGGGGAAGCAAUCUCCUGUGUAAAAUGUGUGAAUAGUUUGAUAAUUUGUAUACAUAUUCAAGAGCAUCUGCUCCAAGCUGAACUUUUGUGUUGGCUGCUGUAUAGUACCUGAACAAAUGUCAUGAAAUAGAAAAAAAUUACUUUGGAUAUUUAAAAGAAGAAAAUAAAUAUAUAGUCUAUUUGUUUUGUAACAAGUUUCUGUAAAUAAAAUAAUUUAUACUAUUUAUAAGAAAAAA